AUGGCGGUACUGAGCUUCUCGCUCACUCCCGAGGCCACUGGGCGAGUGUAUGAGCUGUUGAUCUGCCUGGCCAAGUUCGGCGAAACAGUCUCUUUGGAAGCGAGGAGCGAAAAGCUAACUCUUACCGCACUGAACCUGUCGAGGACGGCGUACGCAUCUUUCUCUCUGGAUGCGAGGCAAUUCUUCAUCAGCUACGACUUCAAUGCCAACAAUGCUGCGAGCGCUGGUGACAGAUUCACAUGCCAGCUCUACAACAAGGCUCUGCAGUCAGUAUUCAAAGGCCGGACGAACGAGCGAGGUAGAGAAACCGCGGUCGAGCAGUGUGAUGUCUCCAUCCAAGACCAGCCGGACAAGACAGCAUGCCGGCUUAUCGUUAAGAUGCUAUCUAAGCAUGGUAUGACCAAGACAUACCGCUUGACAUACGAAUCUGUGGAGGUCAUGCAUGCACUCUUCGACAAGACAGCUGCUACUCAAGGGUGGCGAGUAUCCUCCCGAGUGCUUCGAGAGUACAUCGAGUACUUUGGUCCCAAGACGGAGCAGCUUGAUCUCGUGGCGCAAGACGGGAAAGCCGUGUUUACAAGCUUCACGCAGAAGAUUCAGGACGGCAAAGAAGUCCUCAAGCAGCCACUCGAGACGGCCAUUUCCAUCCACACUGAAGACUUUGAAGACUUCCACAUGCAAGAGGGCAUGCAUAUUGUCAUCAGCGUCAAGGACUUCCGCGCCAUUGUCACCCAUGCCGAGACACUCAAAAAUCCCAUCACGGCCUCGUUCUCCUAUCCAACCCGACCUCUGCAGUUCAGCUACCAGAACUUCGGCAUCCAUUCCGAGUUCACACUGAUGACAACUGGCGAUCACCGUGGCACAUCGUCGACGCCGAAUCCGAAAUUCGUCUCUACCAGGAGCAUCUCAAGACAGCCGUCUGUCGUUUCACUGCAGGGUAACAGCAGAGCUGCAUCUGAGAUGCCACCUCCGGCGAGGCCAAGCGCUGGUAAACCAUUCUCUAGCCAAAGCCAACGCCCUUCACUCAGAGAGCAAGUCCGGCCGACAUCAGCAGCCCAGGACGAUGAUGAUCCUGAUCCUGACAGCUUGUUCCUUCCGAAAAACGGUGGCGAUGACGACCAGACUUGGGACCCGCCAAAUUACGAGCAGGAAGAGGAGGACGAGAUGCUCGGCUGGGAUGCAAGCAACGAGAACCUGGGCAGUUUCCGUCCGACCAUUCGGGACGUGAAUAAGGCGCGACCGCCGCCGAGGAACGUCCGAGACACUGUGAGCAGCCAAGAUGAAGGCCUAGAACCAACACAGCGCCUCUCUCAGUUGCGUGGCAUGUUCGACUAG